CAAGCUGCAAAUAAAACAAGAAUAUAAAGCCAAGUCAAAGAACUCCCCCUCAAAGAAAAUGCUGAAUAAUAAUGAUCAACUGCAACUAGCCAUAGCAAGCAGCAGCCACGCCAACCAUGAAGAAGAAGAAGAAGAGCUGAUUAGAGAGAUCCACGCCCUGACUCCGCCGCCGCGGCAGCCACCACCGGCCCGCGCGAGAUCAUCGGCUUCAUCUCUCUCCGUCGCAAGCAGCGAGAACUUCACCAGCAUGAGCCGAGAGUUCAACGCUUUGGUGGUUGCCGGAUCCUCGAUCGCCGAUCAACUCCGCGACGAAGGUGCUGCUCAUAAUAACUUGGAAAUGAUUGGGGAAGACGAGGAGGAGCCGCCGUAUCGGGAAACCAACCCUUUGGCGAUCGUGCCGGACACUGCUGGGGCGGCGUCGCCUAGACGCACCGGCGGCGGGUCGUCGUCGGCGGCGGCCAUGGUCAGCGGAGAGGCGACGGUUCAGAUGGUGAAGAGAGAAGAGGUGGAGGCGAAGAUAAGUGCAUGGGAGACUGCGAAAAUCGCAAAGAUUAAUAAUAGGUUUAAGAGGGAAGAUGCGAUUAUCAACGGCUGGGAGAGUGAAGAGGUUCAGAAGGCAACUUCAUGGAUAAAGAAAGUUGAGAGGAAACUGGAGGAGAAGAAGGCCAAAGCGUUAGAAAAGAUGCAGAACGACAUUGCGAAAUCUCGGAGAAAAGCAGAAGAAAGAAGAGCGUCCGCGGAGGGGAAGAGAGGAACCAAAGUGGCCGCUAUAGUUGAAUUAGCCAACCUUAUGAGAGCUGUCGGAAGACCUCCUGUCAAGCGCUCCUUCUUCUAGCUACACUCACUACCUCCAUUUCCUAUUACACCUUAUUUGUACCCCAGAAUAUUAUAUUAAUUACUCCUUAUAUGUUUAAAAAAACUCAUCAUGUAAAAGAAAAAAUCAGAACAUUAUACUGUUACAAUAUGUAAUGUCGUGUAAGAAAAACUAGGAAGUGCAUAAAAAUGUGUGCAUGCU